GUCUGUUCACCUGCUGUCUCGUCUGCUUCCUCUGCUCACUGCUCUGGGUGUUUGUGUUAUAACUAAUCAGCACUAUUCAGUUGAUUUCGGGUCACAUCGGGUGAUUAAUCAGCACAGAUCUCUCUGUAGAGACGCUUACUGAGAAGCAGAGUUGGAGCUCCAGAUCUCUCCUGAUGGAUUUCCAUGCUGUGUGCUGCACUCUGCUUCUGCUGACAUGUACAGGAGUAUGUUCUGGCCAAGAGGUGUUCUUACCUGAGAGAAUAAAUAAAGCAGUUGGGAAGAAUGUGGUGAUUACCCCAAUCUGUCUUCCUGAUCCCCCACACCACUCAAUUAGAUGGAGGUGUAAUUGGAGGAUCAUGCUUUCCAGACCUCCAGACAGAAUUAUAAUACAGCCAGCGUACACUAACAGAGUCAGUCUGAACACCACCACUUUAGCUCUGGAGCUCAGGAGCCUGACCGAGAGUGAUACUGGACCAUAUUCUCUGACUGUAGACACUGCUACAGAUUCUUUCACUGGUGUAACCUCACUGCAGGUGUUUGAUGUGCUAAUAGAAGGUGUUUCCUCUGCUACAUUAACCUGUGAGGCGAGUGGGAUCAUCUACAGUACUGAAUGGAUGAAAGAUAAUCAGAAACUGUCAGCUAGCGACAGCAUCACAUUCUCGAAUGAUAACAGAUCAGUGAUGAUCAGUCCGGUGAGGAGAACAGACAGUGGUGUAUAUCCUGUAUCCAGACGUGAUUCCUCAGGAUCCCAUGUUUUGGUAGUUAAAACUCCUCUCUCAGCACCCUGUCACAUGCUUUCUUUAAAUCCACAGACAUGCAUUCUGCUGCCCUCCCUCUCAUUCAUGCUCAUGUACUCCAUCUUGCUCCUACUGUCUUUCAUUCCCCUUUGCUUCAGUGCAUACCUCCAUCUGUUCAGGCUCAUCUCAACCUGUUUCCUACUCUUACUAUAG